GUUUGGUUAUUUAUACAUAUAUAUAUAUAUAUAUAUGUAUAUUUCUUUUUGUAUCGAUUUUGACUAACCAAUUAUUCGAUAGAUAUUACACGCUAUUGGAGAAUCGUUGAGAGAACGGAAAUAUUUGUAGAUCAAAAUCUUUAUUAAAUUUGACAAAUUUAUCCUUAGUCUGGAUAAAUAAAUGUGGAAAUCAUCGAUAGUAAAUGCUUCAGAUCAUAUAUUUCCUGGUUUAGCAUAUCAUGAUCGUAAGAAAGAAUUUUAUGACAUAGGUAAUCAAAUACAAUCUAGUUUACCGUUACAAAUGGCUUUAUACUUUAAUGUGUGGCUUUUGCCAAUUUGGUUUUUUAUAAGUAUAAUAAGUUUGGACUCUAAGUAUUUACAGUUAACGGAUGUGUACAAAUUUAUAACAGUUGCGUUAUUCUUACUUAUUUCGGUAUUAGAAUGUACGAGAUUAUACCUAGGAUAUCUUGGUAAUUUAGCUGAAAAGAUUCCAGAACUAGCAAGCUUUUGGCUUAUAUCCACAUUAAUACAAUUUCCAUUAGAAUUAUUUCUUCUUCUUGAUAAUAGAACUAUGCUUAAGUUUAGCGAACAAAUUGUUAAUAGUUUAAUGAUAUUUUUUCUUAGUAUAGAAAUAAUUUCAGGGACUAUAGCAUUAAAGAAUUCAGCCAAUCAUCAUGCUAAAAGAUUUUAUAUAGCUCAAUUAUAUGGAAUAGAGGAUAGGUUAAAUUAAAAAUAAUAAUUUAAUAUUCAAUUCAAUUAAUAUUUAUAUUCAUUUUAUCGCUU